AUGGUUAAUGUACCGGGCUCCUUCUCUCAAUACGGGAUCCAGUAUGGGCAUGGCAAACCUUCUCACGCUUUGCAUUACGGUUCUCAACAACACUAUGAACACAAUCCUGAUUUCUUGUACGGUAACAGUCCCUUUUCCACCGGCGGUCCCAAUUUUCAAGAAGCGAUGCAACCGGGCCGAGUUCAUAACCGUGGCUUUCCUCCGGAAUUUCAUAGAUCUUUCACGGCACUGAACUUCUACCGUCCAGCUGGGAGCGGUUUCCAUUCCUCUUCACCUUAUGGCAAAUCUAGGAAGCGUUUCAGAGGCCAUAAUGGGCCGCCAAGAAACUUUGUGGACGACAGACCCCCCAGAUCAAAUGCGGCGAGUGGUGCGGCAGGCCCUAGUAACGCGCAGAAGAAGUAG